UAUUUAUUAGCAAUGUCACAAUCUUGGUUUUGAGAGUUACUCUUGAGUAUUUACUCAGACUUUUCUUGUUGGGUUUUCGGUCUUGUUUCUUUAGUUCUGGAAAAUUUCGGUCUUGAACAUCUCUAGUAAUCGUUUCAACUUUUGUUUCAACUUUUGUUGAUGGGGGUAAGUAAUUAAGAGUAUGAGUAAGUUUUAAGAAUAUAUGGUAGUUAUAUCUCAUUUACAAGUAUUUUUAGUGUAUGCUGAUUAUAAGCAAUCUGCGAAACACUUUUAUAAAAUUUUCUAUGAAAUCAACGAGGAAGAAUCCAAACGGAAUCAGUUAGCCAUAGACAUUAUUCUCUGGCAACACUAUAUGGUGGACGCUUUAAACUCAAAUAAAGAAUGGACUGCAAAUAGCACUACAAGAAAGAUGAGACUUUGGACUAUAGAAAUUUGGAAACUGGCCCAAGAUCAAUUAGAUAUACCUUACUGUUAUUCACUUGAUAAGAACAAAAGUUUAGCUGCAUUAACGAGAGUUCAUUCUAAUUUUCCAGUCUUUUUUCUGCGAAUGAUUCAGACAAUGGAAUUGAAAAAACGAUCAAAGAACUAUAAAUCUUUAGAUAAAAAUUCAUAUAUGAUGAAAUUACAGGUAUCUACAUUUCAGAGCCCCAUGUCACAAUCUAAGAAAAAGCUAUGGGACCUAACAUUGUCUAAAAGUUAA